AUGACCCUCUCAUCCCUUCUCCGCAUUACGCCCCGCCUUGUACCGACGGCGGCCCGCCGAACAACUAGAGCUGUAUCCUCGGUAUCAGCCGCAAAUGGGACGCAGCAGAAGUCGUUGGAUUCGAUUUUGAUCGCGAACAGAGGCGAGAUUGCACUACGCGUCGGACGGACUGCUGCGGAGCAUGGAAUCCGUGUCACUACUCUUUACACAGACCCCGAUAGUCGAUCACAACAUGCAUUAAGCUCGCCAUUUUCAUAUAGUCUGGGCUCUGUUUCUGCAUAUCUAGAUGGAGAUCGAAUUAUUGAGAUUGCGAAGAGAGAAGGAUGUGGAGGAAUACAUCCCGGCUACGGCUUUCUGAGUGAGAACUCUGCCUUUGCCCGCAAAUGCACUGAAGCUGGACUUGUGUUUAUUGGACCUCCAUGGAAGGCAAUUGAAGAUAUGGGCGAUAAGAGUCGCUCCAAGGAAAUUAUGCUCGCUGCAGGCGUACCCUGCGUUCCCGGCUACCACGGACACAACCAAGACCCUCAAUUCCUCGAAGCCGAAGCAGACAAGAUCAAAUACCCUGUGCUUAUUAAAGCCAUCAAAGGCGGUGGUGGCAAGGGCAUGCGUAUUGUCAGUUCAAAAGCCGAGUUUCAAUCACAGCUAGAGUCGGCAAAGUCAGAGGCCAUGAACUCAUUCGGGGAUGACAUUGUCUUGAUCGAGAAAUACAUCACCACGCCUCGACAUAUCGAAGUCCAGGUUUUUGCAGAUAAGCAUGGAAAUAGUGUGGCACUUGGAGAGCGAGACUGCAGUAUCCAGCGCAGACAUCAAAAGAUUUUGGAGGAGUCACCGGCGCCUCACUUGCCAGAUGUUACUCGGAAAGACCUUUGGGCAAAAGCUAGAUCUGCUGCUGAAGCAGUAGGAUACGAAGGUGCAGGAACAGUGGAAUUCAUUUUCGACAAUGAAACCGGGGAAUUCUAUUUUAUGGAAAUGAACACCCGACUGCAGGUCGAACACCCUGUGACAGAGAUGGUGACCGGACAAGAUCUUGUUCAUUGGCAGAUCAUGGUCGCUGAAGGAGCCCCGCUUCCAUUAACCCAGGAGCAGGUUGAAGAGCACAUUGCUUGCAGCGGACACGGCAUUGAGGCACGUAUCUAUGCUGAAAACCCGAACCUGGGUUUCAUUCCCGACUCCGGGCGCUUGAUUCAUGUGCGAACACCCGUCUCAACUGAAGAUGUUCGCAUUGAUGCUGGAUUCGUUGAAGGUGAUGAGGUAUCCGCACAUUACGAUCCCAUGAUCUCCAAGCUUAUUGUCCGUGGAGAAACACGCGAGGAAGCGAUUCGCAAACUCGGUGCGGCCUUGGAGCAAUAUGAAGUUGCUGGCCCUGUGACCAAUAUCGAAUUCCUGAAGACCAUCUGUCGCAGUCCCGAUUUUAUUGCUGGAGAAGUUGAGACUGGAUACAUUGAGAAGCACCGAGAGGAGUUGUUUGCGCCGAAGCCAAUCAAUGAUGAAACCCUUGCUCAAGUCGCGCUGGCAUGUCUGCACCGAGAUUUUCACGCAGCUGCUCGCCCGUCUAGCGGACUCGCGGGAUCGGCAGUUGGGUUUGCCACAAGCUAUAUGCAGCGAGAGCUAUCAUUCACUGAGGCAACUGGACCCACCGCUGAAGCGCCUCUGUUACACGUUCGUGUCCAGCAAAUAGCAGACCAGAGAUUCAAUAUUCAAAUUGGUGAAACGGUCUUCGAGCAAGUGGAGAGCCACAUGGACCCAGUGUCGCAUGUGGUAACCUCAUUCUUUCCUCAUACCCGACUAGACACGACUGUGGUUCAGAAUGAAGACCUUAUCAUUGCAUUCCAGCGUGGCAUGCAAUAUCGUCUGACAGUCCCGCGAGCCAAAUGGAUGGAGAAGGCUCUGGGAAUGAAAGAUGUUGCUAAUAGCGUACUGGCACCGAUGCCGUGCAAGGUGUUGCGGGUUGAGGUACAAGCCGGUGAUGUGGUGGAAAAGGAUCAGCCACUCGUUGUGAUUGAGAGUAUGAAGAUGGAAACAGUGAUUCGCAGUCCACAUGAAGGAACGAUUGCUCGGGUGGUUCAUAAACAAGGAGAUCAAUGCAAGAGCGGGACACCCUUGGUUGAGUUCGCCGAGGAGUCAUAG